GUGGAGUUUGGUUUCGGAAGCGUCUCAUUAGCUUUUCUGGAAUUUUGCCGUGAUGGACGAGUUGGCGCGCUUACGAAAACGCAUAACAACGUCCUUUAAGCUGAGCGGCUUCAUAAUACGCUCCGAGAAUAGCACUUUCCUGGCCGAGCAGCUGCUGCCCUUCGAUGCGACCGAACGCGAAAAGUGGCUUACAAUAAUAGCAGAAAACCUUCAAGGACAAAAACUCUCAACACCUCACGUCGAGCGCAAUGCGCUGGAGAAGGCGAUAAAUGAGCUGAAUCGCGUUGGCUUGGAUGAGGGCGAAACGGUCUUCUCUCUGAUCGACGCAUUCUGUGUGCCGCGCUAUCGUUACAAUUUGCGCAACAAGAAGUUCGAUCGGGACACAAAUUCGCGGCAGCUACUCACCCAACCGCGCAUGAAGUCCGACUAUAUGCAGCAGCGUUAUUCCAUGCUGCUGCAGAAGACCCUGCGCCACGAUCUCUUUGCGCCGCCGGUUAUACAGGACGGCGUGUCGGUGGAUGCGUUGGCCAAGAAGUUCAAGCUACAGUACGCGGAAAAUUUGUUGGCCACGUCAACCGUUAAGGAGGCAGUGGUACUGGGUCUGCUCACGCAGUUAAAGGAGGGCAAGUUUUAUGUGGAGGAUCCCACGGGAUGCGUGGAAUUGGACUUGAGUGGUGCGCGCUUUCAUGCAGGCUUCUUCUGCGAGGGCUGCUUUGUACUUGCCGAGGGCAGUUAUGCGAAUGGUGUGCUAAAAGUUGAUGGCUUAGGCUUUCCCCCGGCUGAGCCGGCAAGCAGCAGUCGCGCCUUCUUUGGCACAGCCAACACCUGGGGUGGUGAAUCGGCCAAGCUAUUAAAAUACUCGCCGCGUCUACAGGAGAUGGAGCGUUCCAACACCGAGACCACGAUGGUUUUUCUCUCCGAUGUGCGACUGGACAUGCCUGUGGUUAUGGAGAAGUUGCGUCAGCUCUUUGUCGGCUACGACAACUGCCCACCUCAAGCUAUUGUGCUGAUGGGUCCCUUUGCCGCCAGCACCAGAAGUCAUCACGAGCUGCGACAUCAUUUGGAUGCACUAGGCGCUUUAGCUGCCGGAUGUGAGCAGCUUAAGAAACAAUCAGACCUAAUAUUGGUGCCAUCUUGUGAAGAUCCCACGGCCCCCAAUAUAUUGCCACGAGCUCCUCUGCCUGAAUGCCUGGCUGUGGGUCUGCGCAAGCUUUGGCCGCGCACCCAAUUGGCUACGAAUCCUUGCCGUCUACAGUACUGCACCCAGCAGAUUGUGGUCUGCCGUCUGGAUCUCAUGGCCAAGUUCUGUCGCAACACCCUCCACUUUCCAACCGACACAUCGCACAUUGAGCAGCAUUUUUCGCGCACUCUCAUUUGCCAGGGCCAUUUGGUGCCUAUACAUCCCAUAGCUAUGCCAGUGCAUUGGGACUAUGAUCCAGCUCUGUGGCUAUAUCCGUUGCCAGAUCUAAUCGUAAUGGGUGAUGCGUGCCAAAGCUUUUCAAGCACUCAGCACGGCUGUACUGUGCUCAACACUGGCUCCUUUGUCAAGUCAAAGUUCGCUUUCAAGGUGUACAUACCGUCCACUCGCACCAUUGAGGAUUCGGAAAUACCGAGCGAUAUGGACUUGACCUGAUCGGCAGAUCGGCCAAUCACUAACGUAAGUUAAUUAAGUUUUACACUUCUUAAAAAUAUAUACCACGUUGUUUUAUUUAUAUUUAUGUAUAUGUAUACUUCAAUAUACUGUUGUCUGUAUUGAAUUUAGCACGUGUUGAGUCUGUCGCUGUUAUGUUUUGU